AUGGUUUCACUGGUGUUGUUAAGCAAUGUUUUGCUGCUCGUGUUUCAACGGGUAAACGCAGGACCUGUUGUCACUGUACAGAACGGGACUUACGAAGGUCUUCACCUGGACAACUACGAACAAGAUGUCUUCCUCGGAAUGCCAUACGCUCAACCUCCAGUUGGAGAUCGCCGUUUCAAAGCACCAGAAAGUCUGAACACAUCGUGGCAGACGCCCCGGUCAGCAGUCGAGUAUGCUGAUAUCUGCAUGCAAUACACUGCCCCUCCCAGCUACCCAAUGUCUGAAGACUGCCUGUCGCUGAACGUCAUCCGGCCGAGCGACUACAACGGAACAGAAGCUCUUCCUGUUGCAGUCUGGAUCCACGGGGCCGGCCUCUAUGCCGGUUCAUCCAGGGAAACCAACUUAACGAACUUUGUACGACAAGCCAGCGCCGCUCAGAAACCUUUGAUUGCCGUCUCCAUCAACUAUCGACUCUCAGCCUUUGGGUUUCUCUGGGGAUCCAAUGAGUUGACAGCCAAUGGUUCUGCGAAUAAUGGCCUCCGUGACCAAAGGUUGGCUUUGAGCUGGAUCCAAGAGAAUAUCGCCGCUUUCGGCGGAGAUCCACGCGAGGUCACAAUCUUUGGUCAGAGUGCGGGAGGCCUAUCCGUCGGUAAGCAUCUGAUUGCGUACGGUGGCAGGGACGACGGUCUGUUUCGCGGAGCAAUCAUGCAAAGUGGCGGUAUGGCAGAGAAGUGGCCAUACAACGUAAAGGAUCCCGUUGCGUACACCGAGGAUCUCUACCGAAACAUCACGGAAACGGGCUGCGCCGACAAGACCAGCCCGCUCGAGUGCCUCCGCAGUUUACCUGUCGAGUCCUUGUCCGCCGCUCUGAAUGUCAGCAACACACCUGUAUUCUCAGGUACCGGCCUUGGACCAUGGCUUACGCAAGUCGAUGGUGAUUUCCUCCGGGAUGGGCCGACCGCAUCUCUUGACAAGGGCCAUUUCGUUCGUGUACCAAUUAUGUACUCGACGACAACAGAUGAGGCAACUGUCUUCAUGUUUGGUGGACCCAUUGACACCGACGACGACUUCAAAGCACUUGUUGCGGCUGGCGGCCCAGACGAGACCACUGUGUCCAAGAUCGAGGCCUUGUACCCCAGUAAUACCACCGGACUCCCCGCAGUGUAUACUCCCUCAACGGAAGAUGUUCAAUUGUACGGCGCUCAGUGGAAGCGAGGGGUCAUGUUUCACACUGAUGUUGUCGAAACAACAUCACGACGAAUGACUUUGAAGGCCUGGGCUACUGCUGGACAAAAGGCAUAUUCAGCUAGGGUCAAUCUCUUACCUCCUAGCUCCACGGCCCGUUUAGGUUCGCAUCACUCCAUGGAUGUCAACUUCAUUUUCGCAAAUUUGGACGCCACCACGUCCAACCAAACACAAUUCGCGACAGCCUCCAAGCUCAUGAGCGGAGCUUGGGCGUCAUUCGUCUCGGAACUUGACCCCAAUCAUCACGGAGUUUCUGACGCGCCAAAUUGGCCCACGUGGACUGGAAAUGUCGCAAACGAGACUGGGAGCUACGGAAGUAACUUGGUCUUCAACGCCAACAGCGACCCUUCGUCGAAUUCGUUUCUCGAGCAGGACAACUAUCGGGUUUCUCAGACAGACUAUUUGGCAAGCGUUAUGCAGAGUCAGAUGUACUACUAA